GAGAGAGAGGCAGGAGGCUCAGCUCAGUCCUGGCACAAUGGCGGUGGUCGACGCACUGGCUACCGUCGCCCUCACGGUGGUCCUGCCGCCCUUCAUCAUGGUUCUGGUCAGCGUCCUGGUGCUGGCCAGCUUGGGGAAGUCCCUGGGCCUCAGACAGAGAUACGUGCAGUUUCUUUUGAAGGUGUUUGAGGAUGGCAACAGGAUACUUGUUAAAAAGUUUGGUCGUCAGAGGCUGUCAAAGAACUAUGGAAAGGGAAGUGGAGAUGAGCAGGAAGAGGAGGAGGAGGAGGAGGACUAUGUGUCGAGAGAGGUCAUCUGCAGAGACAAGCUGGUGCUGCGUCCCACUGUGGACAAAGACAACAGCGAAGGGCUGGACACGCACGAGUUUGAACUUGGGGAUUGUCUUGACUACAUACGCACCGGUAUGGAGGCCAUUGUUGAUGAUGAGGUGACAAAGAGGUUUUCUGCUGAAGAGCUAACGUCAUGGAAUUUCCUGACUCGAACUAACUGCCAGUAUGAGUUCAUCAGUGUGCGACUCACCAUCUUUUGGGUGGUGGGCUUCAUACUGCGCUACUUCCUCCUCCUGCCCCUCCGCAUCCUCAUACUCCUCAUUGGGAUGGCACAGUUGGUGGUUAUGACCCUGCUUAUUGGAAUGUUACCGGACGGGCCUCUGAAGCGCAACCUAUGCUGGUACUUCUAUAUAACAACAUUUAGAAUCCUGAAUCGGAGUUUAAGCUGUGUCGUCACAUAUCACAACCGCCACAAUAAGCCUCGUUCAGAUGGGAUUUGUGUUGCCAACCACACAACCCCCAUCGACUGUUUGGUUCUGGCGUACGACAACUGUUACUCCUAUAUGGUUGUCAUGGUAGCGUGUACAUACGUCGUGGGUUGUCUUCCUGAGAGCAAAACGAAGCGGCGACUCAACAGCAGUGUGUCAGUCUUCUGCUUUGACUUUCUGAGUGGAGCUCUGUCACUGGUGUGUACCUACCACAACAAGGAGAAUGUGCCCCGUAGGGGUAUAUGUGUCGCCAACCACACCACUCCCAUUGAUGUUCUGGUGUUGGCAUGUGACAAUACUUACGACAUGGUUGGUCAGCGCCAUGGAGGCUUUUUAGGCAUCUUCCAGCGUGCUUUGUCUCGUGCCUCGGCUCACAUUUGGUUUGAGAGGUCAGAGUCCAAAGACAGAUUUGCUGUGGCGAGGAGGCUCAGGGAACACGUGGAGGACCCCGACAAGCUGCCCAUUCUGAUCUUCCCUGAGGGCACCUGCAUCAACAACACAUCUGUCAUGCAGUUCAAGAAAGGAACAUUUGAAGUGGGAGGAAUUAUCUAUCCUGUUGCAAUCAAGUAUGACCCUAGGUUUGGAGAUGCAUUCUGGAACUCCUCCAAAGAGUCCAUGUUGAGUUACAUCUACAUGAUGAUGACGUCGUGGGCUAUUGUGUGUGAUGUCUGGUAUCUGCCACCCAUGACAAGAAGGGAAGGAGAAAGUUCCAUUGAUUUUGCAAACCGUGUCAAAGCGGAAAUUGCUCGUCAGGGAGGACUUGUGGAUCUUGUAUGGGACGGCGGUUUGAAGAGGUCGGCACCAAAGAUAGAGUGGAAGCAGCAGUACCAGCAAGAGUUUUCACGCCGCCUCAAAGUUCAAAAUGUUGACACAGCGAAGAAAGAGGAGAAGACUGAAUGACUAGAGGAAAGUCAAGGGAAACCAAAAGUCCUGUGAACAGCAAGGUGUUAGGGUGUGAGUCAUCCUGUAUAUCCUAUAAUGUAGCUUGUGGUGAUCAUAAGUGUGAAUGGGAUGAACAUUCAUUAGGGGAAAAUAUGUGUAAUGCAGUAGAUGGGGGCUGGCUUGAGCACAUGGAUGGCUGGAUACUCAUAGUUGGGACAGGGGGUGAGGGGAGGGGGGGUGGGGGGAGUGAGCACUUGGCUAGCUAGAUAUAGAAGUUGGACAGAUAACCAUAUAUAAUUAAGGGGUCCAGAGAAGGGGCAUAACAGUCAGAGCCAGUUCUUCUUGUGUGCACUAGGAAAAGCAGGCUACACGUCCUAGGACCUAGUUUACCAAAUACAAGGUAUCUUUUCCCUUGCAACUUAGUUUCCUGUUCUUCCUGCAUUGUGUAGCCUGCCUUUCCUUUGUGCAAACUAGAAAAAAAUUGGCUUUGUUCCUUUUGUCCCUUGUUCUCCAGGUGCCUCAAUUCUUUGAGGAAAUACAUCACUCAUUAAGAAUGGCUGAAUUCAUCAUCACAUUUUUCAUUUAUUAUGAUCAGUGUUUGCUCAAGCAAAUGACAAACAGUAUCUUCACAAGACAGAAAAUCCCAAAGAAAUAUGGCAAAAUGUUCUGACCUUCAAAACAAGACAUGCAAAUGUAUGAAUGACAAGCAGGCUGAGGUUGACUGCUAGGAGAGGCUUUGAGGUAUAUCAUAUUUGUCAUCAGUUAGUAUGUACAUGUGGUGCGGCCUUUCGUUGGCAUUUUUGGAUGUACAAAAUUAAUUUUCUGGCCAGUUUGUUGUAUAUGCAAGUAGAGGGAAAUGUCAUACAUUUAGUUAUAAGAAUAUACAAUCAUUCAGCAUCUUUUCCCAAUGCUUUACAUGAGCCAACCAUACAAACCACCAGACCAUUAUAUAAUUUAGCUAAAUACCAAUUAAAUUAAGCACUCUGGCCUCAGUUUUCCUGGCAGUCAAGGUAUAUUUCAUAUCACAAGUACCAAAGUAGUAGUUUUGUUAAGUGAGGCUUUUUUUUUUCUUUUUUUUUUUUCUACAGGUCUUGUUUGAAAGAAAUGUAUCUUAACAAGCGCACAUUUAACGCUACAUACAGGAGGCUGUGUGUGUGUGUGUGUGUGUGUGUGUGUGUGUGUGUGUGUGUGUGACAUAUCAUUCAAUAUAGUAAUGGUACCAUGUUAUACAGUGACUUUGGUGUCUCCUUGUACUAUUCCCAUGUACAGUUUCAAAUGCAUUCCCCAAUACUACACAGUGAGGAUUUAUUUAUAGUAUGAGAUGUAGGGUUACCGUUUGUAAGUGUGCAUGUUCAUCAUUCUGUCCAUUGUGCAAGUGAGUGGAAACAAGGAAGAUGUACCAGUACUUACUUCAUCAGGUGGGAAGUAGUGCCAUUGGGUGAAAUAUCAGUAUCUUGGGAACAUCUGCCAGUCUCUGCCUUAAACUUUCAAUGACUGAAAUUUUCCCAAUACACAGCUUCAUAAUAGUGCAUAAUCAUAACAAGGGCACACUUGGGAAAGACCAAUUAAUUAAUUAAAAACUACAUGAAAUAUUUUGAUACUAAUUGAGCCACAUUAUUGCAGGACUCAUUUGACGUAGGAUUAUGUAGUUUCCAGCUAUUAGAGAUGGAAGAAAAAAUUUAGUUAUGCUAAUACCCAGCAAUGUAUUUUGAUACCAAGAUAUUUGUUAUAAAAAGGCACUAAAGUGUGAGUUGUACCAUGAAAGGUCGAGUGUUUUCAUGGGUGUUUUUUAAAUGAAAUAACUGUGAUAUGUGUAAGAACUAGCAUUUUCAUAUUUAUAAUAUAUGCAUAAAUAGUUUAACUCCUGAUGCUGCUCUAAGCAGAAGUUUUGUUUAAUUCUCAGGAUUUUGUUAAUAUUAGUUUUUCCUGUAAGUUAAGUUUCACUGGUAUUAGUGGGCAGACACUUAUGGAACCUUUGUAAACAGACAACUCUUUGGUCAACUAGUGUAGGUCAAGUCUAGCAAUAGGAGAAUUCAGGAGGCUGGAAAAGUAGGUGAUGUUGCACCUUUAUAUUCCUACAGUUUACUAUCCGUGUCCUUUUAGAUGAAGGUGAUACUGAAUUAUAAGCAAUGUUUAACAUGAGACAACUGAAGUAAUGUAUUGUGUUCACUAGUCAUUAAAUCUUUACUCAAGAGUAGGCAGCCUACUCAAAUAUGUAUGACUUAGGGGCUGUGUACAGUUUUAAACAUUUGUAGAAUAGUUUACAGCUUUUGUUUCUUGAUCCAAAGUGUGGAAGGGUACAUAUAAUUAUUGUGAAAUGAAGUUUUGUAUAAAGAAA